UAAUUGAUCAAAUAUACAAUUUAUUUUUAUGCAAACCUGACACAUUAUAUUACCGUCUAAUGUAAUAAUAUAAUGAUACAGACCUACAAUAACUUUGCAACUGGAACACAGGAAUAAUAUGGAUAAAUGGAUUUGUGUUGUUUGCAAAUUCAUAAAUUAUUACCAAAAGAGAUUUGAGAGCAGCUUAUGUGACACACCCACCGAUAACCUCCAAGUUCCCCUUUUAAAACAUACAUUUGCUCGCUUACUGUGUGCUCAAAAGAAACUAUUCAUGCAGCCGGUGUCAAAUCAAUACUUUUAUUGGUGCUACAUGCACACACACACAAUUUUUUCCUCAGGUGGUCUAGGUUUGUUUCCCGGGUCUGUCCCUUGGUUCACGACCUCACCAGCCUGUGACAGGGACAUCACUGUCUCUCUCUCUGAUAACACAGAGCCGCUUAAUGUUUAGCCCAAGAUCCACACACACACACACACACACACACACACACACACACACACACACACACACACACACACACACACACACACACUCAAAGACACACACACACAGGGAAGCAGAGGGAUUACAAAGGUGCAGAGACCCAUAUGCUGCCCAGGGAUGGAGGCGAGAACACUAAAUGCAAGAAGGACGCAAGUUAGUACGGACCACGGGUCUGGUGUUGAGGAUGAAGCCCCAGCAGAGCCACACGAGAGCGUCUCAGGCCGUCCUCUCUCUGCUGCAGUGCGCCUCUAUGUGUACGCGCUGCAUGGCUGCCUCUGUGAGGUGGCCUUCACUGCCGUGUGGGACUGGUGCAGCACUCAGGACAGAAGGCUGGCAGGUCACAGCAGCCUGUGGGCGCUGCCUAUGUACGCCAUUGCGAUAUACCUCAUGGAGAGCCUGAGAAGCCGACUGCUGGCUCAGCAGCACCCACUGCCAGCGCGUCUGCUGGCCUACACCGUGUUCAUCUACCUGUGGGAGUUCAGCUGGGGGGCAGGGCUGAGGCUGCUGGGGGCCUGUCCGUGGGACUACUCAGGUUAUAGGUACAACCUGGGAGGACUGGUGACUCUGGAGUAUGCUAUUCCUUGGAGUGUGGCGGCGUUUAUAGCAGAGCAGCAUGUGAUCAGAAACACUCUCAAGAUAAGACUGUACAACUGAACUGAUAUCAGUCUGGAAUCAUGUGCUUCCAAAAGCAACAACAGAGCAUUUAAGGACACUUUUUUUAUCAUAAUUAUUUGUUAUUUUUGAGUUUUUGACAUUUUGAUUUGAAAAAGUUGGUGGACCUUUCUGAACUGUGUCAUUAAAUCUGACAACUUUUCACUCUGUGAGUGUGUUUUUCUCUCAGACUAACAUACAACAAAAUGUUGACACCACUCUUCAAUCUCUAGUUGCAUUUAGCCUAAAAUCUGAACCUUGGGGUUGAUUCUAGAUUAAUCAGUGGUGGUGCAGCAAUGUGAACGUUUUGUCCAGUUUCUACUCACGCAUACUACAGACUGUGUUCAUUAACUGUCCACCAUUGUACUGCCCCCGGGAAUUUUCCUCCAUAAUACUGGUGGCUAUUUACAUUCCACCUUCAGCUAGCGCCAGCACUGCUUAACAACAGCUGAUCGUAUUGUGGAGGCUGAGCGUCAUCGUCCAGACUCUUCGGGGUUAUUAUUCUGGGAGGAUUUCUAAGUGCUGAUCUUCCAAAAUAUAAACAGUUAAUAAAAAAGACCCACUAGAAGGGCAAAAACACUGACCAUGGAUGGCUACAGAGCUAGCACCAACUUGGACACUGAAACCAAACUGUCAUUUUGACAGAGUCUUUAUUUUUCACUGAUCACCUCCAACUCUGUUUUUAAGAGAUAUGAGAUGUUAUUGACCUCAUCUAAAUCAUAGCAGGUAAGGGUUGUCAAACUAUAACUUUAGAUAUUAGAUUAUUUGAAUCAGCUCAACUUUGGACUGUCUAGUCACUGAAACUAAAUGUGAAUGUACGUUAUAAAUAGUGUUAACUCUAAAAACAAACACAUCUGUGAGUAAAGCAGCAGAAAAUCAUCUCAUAUCUAAAUGGGAAUCUGUGCUGUAUGCAACUGAGUUAGUCGUGCAAAUUCAAAAAUCACAUAUUAUUUCUACAUUCUUUAGCAUUUCAGUGAACAUUUGUAGUCUACAUUAGCAACCUUUCUGAAAUAUCCAUAAGCAGAUCUUUCGUUCCCUGUAAAGAGGAGGUUUUUGAGGGCAAAAAUCAAAAGCAAAGCAUCCACUGGAAAUCCACCAACUUCUGUGCUGCCCGUCAGUUGUUUAUUGCUGCAAUCUGUUAUCUGUUGCAAUUUAUUCAAUCAAGCUGUGACAGAAGAUACUGCAGCUUCCAAUCUCAUGGGUGGAGGGGUGGGGGGCCUGCAAAACCAUUUGACUUAGACAAAAACAAUAGCUGCACUCAUUAUAGGAUGACAGUGUCUGUAGUUCUGUGGGAGUAUGUGUCACAGCACGCACAGUUUUUCUGGAAUACACCCACAGAUGUUUUUGAUAAAAUAAGAAUCUGGUUGGCAGGAAUAUUAUCUAGAUGACACAGCAUCUUGUUGAAACCUGACUUUGGUUUUAGUGAGU